UGGAAAAGAGACGACGCUUUCAUGGAGGGGGCCGCUGUGGCCCGGGACCUGCUGGCCUUGGGGUAUGAGGGCUUCUCGGGGGCGCCGUCGCUGGGCACCUCGUGUCCAGACUUCAGGGCGCUGUGCGCGCGGCUGGCGGCGGAGCUGGCGACUUUGGGCGCCCUGGAGCGGGAGCGAGGGGAGAGCGCGGAGGCGCUGAGAGCCGACGACGGCCCCGGCGCCGAGGAGGAAUUCCUGCGACAGUUGGCCGGCCUGCUGCAGGAGUUGCACUGCCCGGACCGCGCGCUCUGCGGCGGCGAUGGCGCGGCGGCGCUGCGGGAGCCCGGCGCGUGCCUGCGCCUGCUGCGCUUUCUCUGCUCGGAGCUCCAGGCUGCCCGCCUCCUCCGUUUGUACCACCGGCUGGAUCCCAGCCCCGCCCCGCCCUGCGGAGAAGGGGCAGAGGGGGUAGCUGGCAUGGUCCAGGAACUGGUCCUUACCCUCCAAGCUCUGGGGCUGCCCAGACCGACGCCUGGGACCGCCGCCAGCCGGCUGCUGUGGGAGUUGCAUGACAGGAUCUCUGAGCUGCUGCCUUCCCUGCCCCCAGGGUUCCUGAAGCCCCUCCUCACCUUCCCGCUGGACGCACCCAGAUGGGAGGCACUGGACUCUCUGUGCCAAAGGCUGGGAGAUCAGUACUGCUGCUGCCGCUGCCUGCUCCUGAAACGCCUGGACCUCACAACAUCUUCUUUCUACUGGAGUGAUCGGGCAGAGGCCCAAGGAGAAGCCAUGAAGGCAGUGCUGAUCCCACUUCGAGAGGCUCUGACCCCAGAAUCAGAUGUCUCUGUUGCACACGUCCUGGCUGCCCGAGCAGACCUGUCUCAUCUUGUCCCAGCCACCAGCAAGGCUGCCCGCCGAGGGACCUGCUGUGCCAUCAACAAGGUGCUUAUGGGCAACGUGCCAGACCGGGGGGGCCGUCCAAAUGAGCUGGAGGCUCCCAUGCCCAGCUGGCAGAGCAGAAGAGAGGAUGGAGGUGGGCAGAAGGCAGGCCGCCAGAACUGGGGUCGCAAGAAGAAGAAGAAGUAAAGGGGGACUGGUGGUUCAGGGGGGGUCCUCUGUGACAUGCUAAUGCCAUUUGUAAUCCGUGGGGAGUCACUUUGAGCUUCUCUUGGUAUCUGGCUCCCAGGCCCCACAUCCCCUGCUCCUAAGGUCCCAAAUGUCCUCUCCCCAUCCACCACUCAACAACAAGGACCAUGU